AUGCGAGAUAAGAAAGUGACUGCGUUUGAGACCUUGAGACAGGAGAACAGGACUGUUGCAGAGUAUGAGGCUCAAUUUUCCGAAUUGGCCCGUUUCGCACCACAUAUGGUGGAUACGGACUAUAAGAAGGAAAGAAAGUUUGAAGUUGGGUUACGAACUGCUAUUCUCAACCAGAUCAACGUGUUGAAACUACCUACGUAUGUCGAUGUGUUGGAAAGGACAGUGAUCGCUGAAGGAACUUCUAGUGCAUCUGCCUCUAGCCGUGACUCUGCACCAAUUUGUCCGGAUUGUGGAAAAAGACACCGUGGGAUUUGUUAUCGGCUAAUAGAGACAUGCUUCAGGUGUGGCAAGACAGGUCAUUUGGCCAGAGAAUGUCCACAAAAGAAUCGACAGAAUGGGAAUAGAACCACCACAAGUUUAGCAGGAUCAACCCCUACCCCAACUAUAAAGGCAACUACGAAACCCACCAACACUAAGGACACCACCAAACAAGGAAGGGUAUUUGCGCUAAUUCCAGGUGACGUGCAAAAUACCGAGGCUGUGGUAUCAGGUACAUUUUCUGUUAAUGGUCAUUUUGCACAUGUGUUAUUUGAUUCGAGCUAUACCCAUUCCUCUGUAUCGAAAGCAUUUGCUAGUCAUUUAAAUAGGCCAAUGGAACCACUACCAUAUGUUUUGUGUGUAUCUUCACCUUCGGGGGAGCCCAUGGUAUGUGCGUCUAUUUAUUUUGCAUGUGAAAUCCUAAUCAGGGAUGUUUGGGUAGAUGCCAACUUGCUGCCUCUUGAUAUGGCUUAUUUUGACAUAAUUUUGGGGAUGGAUUGGUUAAGCAAGUAUCACGCGACUAUAGAUUGUGUGUCAAAACAAGUUACUUUCCAACUUGCAGGACAAUCUGAGUUUAUUUUUAAGGGCCAGAGGGUAGUUUCCCCACCCUACCUGAUUUAUGUAAUGAAGGCGUGUAAGUUACUACAAAAGGGUUGUCAAGGAUAUUUGUGUAGUAUUUUGGGUGAACAACCAGUGGAUAGGGGCAUUGAUGCAAUUCCAAUUGUACGGGACGUUUCGGAUGUUUUUCCAGAGGAGUUACCAGGAGAGCUUAUUGAUCGUGAAAUUGAGUUUACAAUUGAUAUUGUGCCAGGAACUCAGCCCAUUUCUAAGACCCCUUAG